CGCGCGGCUGCAGAAGCUCCGCCUCACAGACUCAUCGGCUCCGGGGAAGCAGACUCUCGUUCAGAGAGUCGCGGCGCUGCAUCAGCUCUGAGCUCUUCGGUCCGCGUCGCGAUCAGAUCGGUGCAUGCGAGAGCGGAGCGGCUGAAGUGAUGAUGGCGGCAGCGCUGGAGAGAGGAGGGCUUCGGGGCGCCUUCCUGAACCCCGGCGGCGGCGGCGGAGCGGCUCCCACAGCGGCGUCCGGAGCAGUGCUGUGGGGCUCCGCGGGCUCCGGGUCUAUGCCCGUCCCCAUGAACCUCUUCGCCACCUGGGAGAUCGACCGCUCCUCUCCGAGCUGCGUGCCCCGGCUGUGCAGUGUGACGCUGAAGAGGCUGAUCGUGCUGAAGGAGCUGGACAAGGAUUUGAACUCAGUGCUCAUCGCUGUGAAGAUUCAGGUCAGACUCCUGAGAUCAUCACAUCUUCACCGCAGCUCAAUACAAACCAUUUAAAUGCUUAUCCAAGAC